AUGCUGUCCUCGCGGAUUUUGACCCGGCGCCUGCCCCAGGUUGCUGCUCGUUUUACCGCUCCGCGCGCCUCAUUUUCACAAAUCCGGAGUCUUUCUGCAGCUGAGAUCGAUGAUCCUUUGCAGAACGGAGGUUAUCAGAACCCUCCUCGUGUGAAGCGUGCUUUCAGAGACCCCUACGGCGACUGGUGGGAUAAGCAGGAGAGAAGGAACUUCGGCGAGCCGGUUCACGAGGAGAAUGAAAUUCUCGGCGUCUUCAGUCCCGAAGCAUAUACCCAUGUCACACCCCGCAAAGGGCUGUUCCAGAUUGGAGCUUUCAUCGCAACCUUCCUUACUCUCUGCGGCGUCGUGAGCCUGUACUACCCUGACAAGCCCAGCGUCCCAAAAACUUAUCCCGACGGCUUGGAGAAGGAGCUUGGCGGUGCGAGUGCUGUUCCGGCUCGCAAGGCCGGUGAGGACUCUCGGUAG